GCACAUUUCGUUCACUCCCCUCCAUUAAACCUGCAGCAGAAGCAGCCGCUGUGGGUGCUCAAGAUGGCGGACACGUGUGGUCAGGUUUUACUCGGCUCGGGGCUCACGGUCCUGUCCCACCCGCUCAUGUACAUCAAAGUCCUCAUUCAGGUGGGACACGAGCCGCUGCCUCCGACUCUGGGCAGAAACCUGUUUGGCAGACAGGUGUACCAGCUGCCCGGGCUGUUUGCUUAUGCCAAACACAUAAUAAAGAUCGACGGAAAAGCCGGUCUCUUCAAAGGCCUCGUUCCAAGGCUCUGCGCCGGGACCUUCGGCACAGUGGUGCACAGCCAAGUGGUGCAGAAAUGCCACGAGAACGACAACAUUCGGCUACCCGGUAGCCCUCAGAAAGCUCCAGCUGGUUCCUUGGAGCAUGUUGUUAAUGAGACGACCAAAGAGAUGAUUGCUCGCUCUUGUGCCACAGUCGUCACACAUCCUUUUCAUGUGAUAACUUUAAGAUGUAUGGUGCAGUUCAUUGGGAGGGAAACAAAAUACAGUGGUAUUUUCGACUCCGUUAUUACGAUCUACAGAGAAGAGGGCAUCUUGGGAUUCUUUGCGGGGCUGAUUCCUCGUCUGCUCGGAGAUGUUCUGUCUCUUUGGAUCUGUAACAUGUUGGCUCAUUUAAUCAACACAUACGCCAUUGACGACUCAAUGAGUCACACAGGAGAAAUUAAGAACUGCUCUCAGGCCGUGACAGGGUUCUUUGCCAGUAUGCUCACGUACCCUUUCGUUUUGGUGUCAAACCUUAUGGCUGUCAAUAACUGCGGACUUGCCGGAGGUCUGCCCCCUUACGCGUCAGUAUAUCCCACUUGGGUCGACUGCUGGAGGCAUCUAAGCAGAGAGGGCAACAUGAGCAGAGGAAACAGUUUAUUUUUCCGAAAACUUCCAGCUGGAAAGACGUACGCACUGGAGCAGAAGAGAUUUUUUUAAAACCCGACCAUCGUAAUCAUAGUUUAAACACACUAAAAACAAAAGGAAAUCAUAAUUUUGCUAAUACUGGGUUUGGCACUUAAAUCUUUGUUUUGUAUGCACUUGUUUACUUAUUAUUCUAUUAUAACAUCCCAUCAAUGUUUAGCUAAUCAAGUUUUGUUAACAGAAUUACGAUUACAACUUUUAUUACAUGUCAGAAAAUAUUCAAGUGCCCCCAUAUUUUUAUAUCUAAGAACCAUGGACUACUUUCUCAUGUGGCAAGACUUAUUUGAAACCCCCAGUCUGCAUGUAUCUACUAAUAGACAUGUGAAUAAAGGUAAUUAAAAUGUCGAGGGGACCUUGUGCGAUUUUGUCUGGUUAAAUGUUAAUUAUUGUAGCGCCCCCUGCUGGAGACUGGAACAGGCAGAGGGAUUUGGAGUAAUUGGCUGUGAUGCAUGUGUGAUGUACAGAGGGCAUGGAGAAGCCUGAACCUCUUAAACUAGUCAAGUGCUUGUAUGAAAUCAUUGACUGACCCAAAUAAAUAAUGCUUUUUUGCACUUGU